GUACACUUUGUAAAUAACGCCACAACAAAACACACCAAAGACUACGAAGCAAAAACAAAAGAAUAAACCACGAAAUGGAGUCGGAAAAUUCCUACGAACAGCAGGAGGAGGAGGAAAGCGAUGAGAGCUCCAGCAGCGUCGCCGUCAACUUCACUGGCUACGAUGAGAUCCAUAUUAAGCAUGAGGCCGAGAAAACCAUAUGCAUAAUGCCUCCGCGUCCAGGAACGGCCGUGAUGAACUUCCAGGAGCUGCAUAUCCCAAGGAACCAGCUAACCGACGUCUUCUAUCACAUCCAAGAGGCUCAGCGCUGGUUGACACUCAUUGACAAGAUGGGCAAACCGCAUCGAUUCCCAUUGCCCACGAUUCUGCCAAAGGUUAUCCAGACCCGGUACGUGCCCAAACGCCACCUGCCUAAGGAUGUGGAGGUGGACCGACGUCGGCGCCAGUAUCAGAAGAUCAAUUUGGUGGAGGAGCUGGCCAAGGCGGGACUCACCAAUGAUAUUUUGUCGCCCACGGAGGAGCAGUAUAAUGUGAUGUCCGAGUUCGCCUUUCCCCACAAGUUUCCCCUGAGCUACUUUGAUGACAGCAACUUUGAUAUUAACUCGCCGAAAGCUUGGUUUGAUCUCGGCGUCGUCGGAGACACUAACUAUCCGCUGCCAGCGAAGGCCUUCCUGCCCUUCAAUCAGAGUUUGGUGAACUGUCAGUGGGUUAUGGCUGCGGUUACCGCCCACAAUGCAGAUACGGAUCUUUGGACGUUGCUCUCCCUGGAGGACGGGUGCACCUACACGGUACCGAAGCUCCAGUUCAUGUUCAUGGCCGAGGAUCCCUACAAGUAUAUAAAUCGCAUCCAGGCUGCGGUUCAUGAACGCCACAAGGGAGAACAACUUAUGCUUAUGGAGCUGAUAGUCGACUGUGUCCUGCACGAGGACAUUGAAUCCACGGUCUUUUACAGCUUCAAGCCUAUCGAAAGAGUGCUGCAGGCGGCCACGGUAUCGGAGCAGUGCAAGAGACGCCUGCGCUCGGAGGUCAACUUGGUGUUUGAGCGCCUGAUGGCCCUCUACGAACUGGAGCAGUUUAUCCUGAAAAUGCCCAAGGAGUUCCCGCAGUUCCGAAAUAUAGACCUCAAGGAGUUUUUGCCACGCUCUUUCACCGUCGACUUGUCUGGCAAGGAGCGCGAAGAGCUGCAAGCCCUGGGAAUUCCUAUGCCGGAAAAACGUUAUGACUUCCUCAAGGCGAGCCUCUUUUACUGCCUGGGCGGGAUUGAGGCCAUGGCCGGGGUGAACUGCGAGUGUCAGUAUAUCGAAACGCUUUCCAUUUUCAUCUGUACGUUCAGUAAGCCUUUGGCCCUAGUUGACUUCCUGCAGGCGCAGGAGGCGCAUAGCGACAACGUGGCCACUUUCCUAAAGUUUAACUGGCCGCAACAGCUCACCGGCUGCAUAACGGUGGUGCUGCGGGCCCUGGGCAAGGGAUGGCUGGAUAUAUCACUGAACAACUGGACAGUCUAUCUGAUGUGCAAAAUCUCAAGGUUCAUAUUGCAGGUCAAGUUCCGGAUGCAAGAGUCCAUGCAGGUGCUCCUCGAGACCUCGCUGCUCAACUUUUCGCACUUGGUGUGCGAUCCCUGCUUGCAGUUUCUGCACCUGAAGCCCGACUACAAAUGGACCAACAACUACAUCGAUACUGAAUUUCCCUACCAUAAGCCGGUGUUUGCCAUGACUUUGGGCAUAAACGAGGAUCGUAAGGUGUUCUACUCCACCGAUCCGGAUGAGUUUCAGCCCGCAUUAAUGGACAUCUUCAAGAGAUGCCUGGAAAAGACGUCCGGUGUCAAGUUAAUCGACUCGUUUGUUAUGAGCUUCCUUAAAUACGCCCCCAAUUUGUAUAUCCUGACGGUCGAGCUUAUAGAAGACAUGUUCCUGGUCGAGAAUGACCUGAUGAUGAGGUGCUACGCGAAGGCUGUGCUGCCACUGAAGGCCUAUGCCCGGCUCUACGAAAGAUUCAUUAACUUUUACCUGUUGAACAUUAACCAGUAUAUGGCAGCUUAUGCCGAGGCUCGCAAGCCCUCGUCCGAGGUAAAGUGGGACAUACUGGAGCACAAGCGGCUGAAGGAGGAGGUCCGCGUCAUCCUGCCGGCAUUUAUCACCAUCGGGCCAUUCUACAUAAACGUGGACAUACUGAAACAGUUUAUGAUCAAGAAACGCAUUGAAAUUGUGAGGAGAAUCUUUGAGUACUACGUGGAUCGGAUGUAUGAGACGAAUGACAACAUCUUGGAACGCUGCCAGGACAUGUACAAGAAGAUAAACGACAGACCCAUGAGCAUUGAGCACCUAUUCGAGAUUCGUGACUAUGGCCUGGAGGUGCCGGAUUUGGUGGAGGAGCUCAAGGCGGACAUACAGGUCAUGUGGCUGGAGUACGACCUGUUGGAUAGCUUCUUCUACAACCUAAGUGACCACCAGUUCGUCAUGAAGUGGAAGGCAUUCGCCUGGCCGCACCAGAUAAUGGUGCGCCUGGCAACUCUCAAAGAGGAGCAGAAAAUUGAUAUCGAAGAGUUCCUGCGACAGCAUGGCAGCGAGUGCCAAGCGUUCGAGGAGCGCCUGGAAUCACUGAACGAUGAGGUGCAGGCCUACUCCUUGGCCUUCAACACGAAUCGCGCUCAGGAGACAUCUGUGGACAUUAAGAAGACCUGGGCCCUGAUCAAGGAGCUGGAAAAGGUCAGCCAGACCCUGCAAUAUCGCCAGGAACUGUUCGAACUGGAACCGCUUUCCGUGGAGUUUUUGGAGAGCAUCAUUGCAAGCUUUACCCCGUACAAAAAUCUGUGGUAUGCCUGUGCAAACUUCCUGAAGCUCCAGGAUGCCACCGAGGGCAACCCCAUUGCCCAGCUGGACCUUGAGGAUAUCUGGGUUAAUCUUAUGAAACUGCGCGACGAGCUCUCCGAAUCCAUGGAAAUAUUCCAUGAGAAACUUGAGAUUAUGGAAGUCGCCCGUGUGUUUAUUCAGAAAAUCGAUGAUUUUGUGCCAGUGUACAACAGCAUAAGGGAUCUACGAAACGAAAACUGGAUGUACAUCCACUGGCAAGAGCUUAGCCAGGUGACGGGACAGGACAUCAAGUACACGGUUUCGAUGAACUAUCAGUACCUGAUACGAAAGGGAAUUAUGGACUUCCUGGCAGAGGUACACUUCAUCUCGGAGAAGGCCAAUAAUGAGGCGGAAACAAUACGGAGGAACAUUGAGGAGGAGGAAAGGAGGAAGCAAGCCGAAAUCGAUGCCAUUCUGUUGCGAAAGCAGCUGCGCAAGUGCCGCAGGGAUAUACUCUAAUUGGUUUUUCUUUAAUAAAAUAUAAUG